GGGCUGUCAAAUUAUUUCGCGAGGCCCGCGUCGUAGUUGCGGUUACCCCCCGAGGGCCGUUAUGACUGCGAAACCAUAUACUUUAAAUAUACAAUUGCCUCAUAUUAUCACAAAUUCCCCCCCCCCCCCCCAAAAAAAAUAAAUCAUGGAUGGCAAAUUUUGAAAUCAGAAGCUCAUGAAAACUGUUCAUCUCUUCAUUUUAUUUUAAACGGGGAACUGGUAAUUCAAAAAAGCUUGCAAUUUAUAACAUUAUUAAAGGUGAAACCAUUUUAAAUGUUUGUAUUUUAGUAAGGAACACGAAGGCAAUGCACAUAAUUUGCUUUCUGGGCCACAUGAAAUGAUGUUUGACACCUGUGAUGGAUAUCAACUGUCUGUCUAUCAUUUAGCAGUCAAGUGUGUCGAACUCAACCCUUUUAUUCCAAAUGUUUUGGGGUUUUUUUGGAACAAGAUGUCAAACAUAACAGUAGAGCAAUGUACAAGAUGGCUAAACAUUACAUCGACAUCAAAUAAAAACGACACAAAGGGAAGAAAAUAGAAACAUGCCAAGGAUCACGAGUCAUUAUUUUUCCUAAGAUUAAAAGAAGAAGAAGGUUUUGAUCGCUGUCUUGUUGUUUAGCGGCAGAUAUCGACAACAUUGACGACACUCUCGGUUCUUUCACAAAGACGCACAAAAUAAUUGACUUUUGUGAAUAGAAAACUUCGCAAGGAAGACAAUUAGCCAAUAGCGGAAAGCACUGGAUGUGACGUCAUCGCGGGGGACGUCGGCCCGCCCCUCGGGCUCUCCGCAUCAUGAUGACGCCCCCCCCCCCCCCUUCCGUCCCUCCCCCCUCCCCGCCGCCCUCUUCCGACCUCCUCAUCCUUGAAGACGAAGAAAGCUCUCCGCUGGCGAAGUUUCCUGUGAGUUCGUCUUCCUUUUUCGGUUUCUUGUCGACGAAAGGACCUCGGAGCGCGACCCAGCGGACCGGACGGGAAUCGAACGCCCUCACUCGGCCUCCUCGGAGAUGAAGGCGAGAUGAGGCGGGCGGAGCCUGCGCAAGGCGAGCGGAAGUGCAACUCGCGCCUCUAGCGGCCAUGUUGUUGAAGAGGAAGCUGUGCGUGGCGGUGGCCGUCGCCGCCGUCGUCCUCCUCAUGCUCGCCAGUCAGAGCAUCCAGACCAAGCACUUCCUGCCGCUGUCCUUGGCCACGCCCACCGCUGACAACAUCAGUCAGGAGAUGGCGCCCCCCGCUGACGGCAGCAGCGCACACGCGCUCGUCUCACUCGAGGAGCAGCCGGAGAAAGGCGACACAAGGCCCUGCGGUUGUUCCGAGUACUGCGUGUCGGACCCGAGCGCGUCCGACUGGUUCCGCGGUCGCUACGAUCCCGACCAGCGGCCCGUCCUGCGCGGCGCCGACGACCGCUUGGACCCCGACGCGCUCAACUGGUGGCUGAGUCUCCAGCGUUCGGGUAACGACCAGAGCGUACAGGAAGUGAUGUCACGCAUGUUCCAGGUCAUCUCCCCGCCGUCCGUGGACUUCGCGCCGCGGCCGUCGCGUUGCCGCACUUGCGCCGUGGUGGGAAACUCGGGCAACCUGCAAAAGUCGGGACACGGAAAAUUCAUCGACGCCCACGCCGCCGUCAUCCGGAUGAACAAGGCGGUGACGCGAGGGUUUGAAAAGGACGUGGGCAACCGCACAACGCAUCACUUCCUGUACCCGGAGAGCGCGGUGGACGUGGCGCGCGGCGUCAGUCUCAUCCUGCUGCCCUUCAAGAUCCGAGACCUGGAAUGGCUGACCAGCGCCCUGUCCACCGGAGACGUCAAAAUGACGUACAUGAGGGUGAAGGAGCGGGUGGAGGCCGAUAAAGACAAGGUGGCGGUGGUGAAUCCGGCGUUCUUCAAGUGUCGGUGUUCGGUUACGGCGCCGACCGGCAGGGCAACUGGCACCACUACUGGGAGGAGAACCGCUACGCGGGCGCCUUCCGCAAGACGGGCGUGCACAGCGCCGACUUCGAGACGCAAGUCAUCCGGCGGCUGGCGGACGAGCGUAAGAUCCGACUGCACGCGUGAACCCGGCGGACCGGCCGGACGUCCUCUGGCACUGAACAAACGCAAACCUCGUCGUCCAUUUUGUGCCUUUUCCGCAACAGUGUGGAAAAACGUUUUGGUCUGAGGUGGGGAACAACCACACGCACUAUCCUGGGGUUUUGUAUUUUUUUUCCACAAUGACUUUAGGGAUAACCCCUUUUUUUUUUUUUUUUUUUUUUUUUCUUCUUCUCAUCGGAGCACUUUGUCUUAAGGAAAUGGCAGCCAUCUUCCUUUCAUCCCUCCUUUCGUUCAAACCGAAUGGUUGCCGUCCAGUAAGUAUUUGAGCCCCGUUUUUAUGCUUCAGUCUUAUAUUCCAAAAUGCUUUCAAAUAAUUCUUCUCCAAAAUUCUACAAACAGUAACGCAUGAUGGCAAAGUGAAAAAUAUAUUAAAAUGACUUAUGGCUAUGACUUUUUUUUUUUUUUUUUUUUUAAACAAACUUCUGUAUAAAAUAUAACAUGAUAAUGUGAAUCCCAAUGUUAAAAUUAAAACCCAAAAAACAAAAUGUUAUACAUUUAUUUUUUAUUUGAUAAUAAAAAAAAACACCGUUUUUUAUAUUACAGAGCCCCCUAACAUGACAUGUCAGUUUUAGUGUAAAAAUAAAACGCGCACAUCACACCGUUAUCAUAUUAUUUUAAGUAUGUAUUUUUACAAAUGUAAAAUGUUUAUUUUCUCAAUUAUUCUACAUACAAUAGCUAUUAUAAAAUUGUUUCCUACACAUUUAUUUAAAAAGAAAAAGUCAAAUAUUUUGCAGUGUGAUAUGUGCGAUUUGAUGCACGUUUCCCUCCCCUCCACUUUGUCAUCGUGUCAAAUUUUGAGAUAAAAAAUCGAAAGCAUUUGGACUAAGACUGUGACAUAGAAGAUGCAUGAUGUCAGUGGUUGUCCAAAAACGUUAAUGAAUCUUUUGCCUUAACAGAAGUUAACAUUUUUCCGUCAUUACAUUUCCGUCGCUUCUCAAUGUCAAAAAGUUGCGGCGCGCCGCGCACAUUCAUCACAGGAUGCUUUGUCGGACCAAAAGUCAGCGCCACCUGCUGGUGCCGACGGAUACUGUGAAUGUAAAACCCUCCGUUGAUGGUCAGUCGUUUGUCAAAUGUGUUUGUGCUGCUUUUUGUUUGCAAAUGACAAUGAAGGAAAAUGAGGACCACGCAGUAUUUUUUUUUAAUUUUACUUUAUAGCAUGCUGCAUAGAUUGUUACUUUCAAUUUUUGUAAUGUUUUUUUGUUGUUGUUGUUUUUUGGGGCGACACGGAAAGGAAAAACUGUAUUUAUGAAUAAGGUUAUGAACAUGUAACAGUAAACAUUGUCAACCACUAAUGUCUGAAGCCUUAUAAUUCCUGUGAAACUAUUUUCAUGAAAUUUUGACUUUAUUCUUACAAUAUUUUAUUUCUUUUUCGGGGUGGCCCAACUAUUCAUUUGUCCAUCAUUGAAGGUUGUCGUCAAAGAAGUUCCGAUUUGUGGCCCAACCGAUAUGUUUUUUUUUUUAAUGCCGAUUCGAUAUUUAGCAGAGUAAAAUUCAGAAAUCCGAUUAAUGUUUAAAAAUACAUAAUUAUUAUUUUUUAAACUUACAAUAAAGAUGAAUUACAGGCAGAACAUUUGACUGUUUUACGAUACUCUGUCUGUUAGUAUUUAACUUUAAAACAGAUCCCCCCCCCCCCCAUUUUUGCCAUUUUUUUUGGGGGGGGGGGGGGGGGAAUGCUUAUUUGAAUGUCAUCUUUAUGUUGUAAUGUGUGAAGCAGAAUAAAUCUGCUACUUUUUGCCGAUUUGGAAAUGGCUAAAUAUCGGAUGAUUACAUCGGCUGGUCAGUUAAUCGGUUGGGCCCUAAAAUUGAUCUUUACAAGGUGUGUUUUUUUAGGGGGUGGGGGAGAUUCAUGUUUUUCCUCACUUUUCACUUGCUGCACACAUCCCAAUACUUUUUUUUUUGUUGUUUUUUUGUAAAUACACUCGCUGUGGCCUGCUUUACAUGUAUGAGUGUGUGAGGGCACUGCUGCCGCUUGGACUGAUCAAUCAGAAGAAAAUAAAACAAACAAGAAAUACACACCCAAAGUUUUUUU